AUGUUUUUGUAUGCGUUCAGCAGAUGUCUUUAUCACUUUUGUCCUGGUAUAGGUCAUAAGCUACGGAACUUGGAUCCUUUGGGUGGUGGCCAUUUAGUCCGCGACCUACGUGAAUCUCAUCGCUUCCCUUAUUACCUGGCAAGGAAAUACGAAUACGGCAGGUCCAUCGGCGGCAAGCGUGAUCCUUGGUUGUUUAAUUCUCCGAAUGAGUACGGAUAUUACGGAGAUGUACCAAAGCGAAAUUUUGAUGAGAUCGACCGAUCCAACUUGGACAGCUUCGUGAAGAAACGUAAUUUUGACGAAAUCGACCAGACAUCGAUGCCCUUCCCCUUCAAGAGAUUCUAUCACGUCUACGGUUCUAACUAUCUGGAUACUGCUUUGUCCAACUUUGAUAAGAAGAGGUACAGACCCGACUACCCCAUGGAUGAAAUCGACCUCUCCCAAUUUCCCAUUGGCUCCAAGCGUUCCGAAAUCUCCGCGAUUCACCCCAUGCGAUAA